GUAGCCUUGGCCUACCACUGCAACUGGUCUUGAUGACACAACCCAUCCUCUUUCCAGCUGUGGCCAAUCCUUGCUCUAAGUUCCAUUCCCUUGGAACGCCCAACGAGCCGGAGAACCUCUGGCCGGCAGGUGACGCUGCCCUUAGCUAUCGCUAGUUUACAGCCGGCACUAUGGAUUUGUCCCAGACGCCGCUCCGUAGAUUCCUCGCUUCUCCCCCUCCACUUCCCCCGAGCUUCUUGUGCGCGCGUGCGCUCUGGGGUAGGCGAGUUAGUGCUGCACAGGCCGGAAAAAAGAAGUCAUGGCAUUCUUUCGGCCUCUGCGCCUUUGUCAGCACUUGGGGUCCCGGAGCCGUCCGGUGCCCCUGGGGUCCCGCUCCUUCCACGCGGGAGUCGUGGGGCCCGAGGCUGCGUCCAGCAAGGAGCACCUGAAGAAGCUGAGGCGGAAGACAGGCUAUUCCUUCACCAACUGUAAGAAAGCGCUGGACGCUUGUGGUGGCGAUCUGGCCCAGGCAGAAGCUUGGCUACAUAAGCAGGCCCAGAAGGAAGGAUGGAGCAAAGCUGCUAAACUUCAGGGAAGAAAAACAAAGGAAGGGCUGAUUGGAUUGUUACGGGAAGGGAAUGCAGCGGUAAUGGUGGAGGUGAACUGUGAGACUGAUUUUGUUUCUAGAAAUUUAAAAUUUCAACAACUGGUCCAACAAGUGGCUCUUGGAACCAUGCUGUACUGUCAGGGUCUGAGGGAACAGCUGUCCACAUACAGCAAGGGUUUUCUAGAGACAGCUGAGCUCUCUCAACUGAGAGCUGGACCUAACAGAGAAGACUCUCUCAAAGCAUUGACAUUAUUUAUUGGCAAACUGGGAGAAAACUUGACUCUUAAGCGAGCUGCAUGGGUGACUGUACCAAAUGGAUUCUACAUUGGUUCCUAUGUACAUGGAGCAGUGCACAGUCCCUCCCUUGGUAACAUGGUGCUUGGGAAAUAUGGCGCACUAGUCAUCUGCCAGACAUCUGAAGAGAAAUUGAAUCUUGAAGACCUUGGCCGACGGCUCGGGCAGCAUGUUGUAGGAAUGGCUCCUUUGUCUGUAGGCUCGAUGGAAGAUGAGCCUGGUGGAGAAGAGGAAACAAAGAUGCUCGCCCAGCCUUAUUUGCUGGACCCUAGCAUCACGUUGGGACAGUAUGUAAAGCCCCACGGUGUGUCUGUGGUAGAUUUUUUGAGGUUUGAAUGUGGAGAAGAUUCAGGGGCAGCAAAAACAGAAUAGAUUCUGCAGACAUUCUGGACCUUAAAAUAUUACUAACUGAACUACUCUAUGUCCUGAGGGGGUUGGUUUGAUCACUGAUUCAGCAGUGCAGUACAUGUGAUCUGUUUCUCUCUGGGUUUAUGGUAAAACUGAAAAGGUAAUUCAGUGCAGCAGCUUUAAAUAAAGAUGCUUUCCUCCUUGUA